CCUCCUAACUUUUCUUAAAUAUUUUUAAAUAAACUCGCCGAACUUCGCCAUCCUUCACAUUGAGCGCCGCUAGGGACGAAUAACGAGUACUGCUUGCCUUUCCUCCCAGACUGAUUAUUGGAUACGCCACUAGUGAGAGUGGCGGGUUGCGUGAGAUUAGAGAGGGAGAGAUGGCAAAAUCGGAGUGUGGAACUUGUUUGAGAUGUCAUCACUGUGCCGGUCCUCUUUCCAAAGAGAUGGAAACUAGUGAUUGGACGGUUCGACCACUUAUCAGGGAUAGUUUCUCCAUGAUAGGUUCUGCGGUUGGUGGUACAACAAGUGCAUUCUAUGGAUUCAACCAUGUGAUGCCAAUUGUCCAGAAGUGGGUAAAGGGACCUAUGUGGGUACAUUUUCUUAUUGGUGCACCACCUGUGAUAGUAUUCUCCUCAGCAUGUGCAGGGUUGGCAGGUGGUGCUGUUCCAGCGCUAGCCCAACUUGCCUCCUCAUCUUACCACGCGGCGGUUUCUUCUCCUUCCAUGCCACCUCCCUCCGACAUGCACAAAGCCAGAACUUCCUCUGCUCACUAAUGAAAUGCAAUAGCUCCUGGGCAUGAGACAGAGAGAGAGUAGCGGUGCUGUUGAUGGUAGAUGAAGUUCAAUUUACUAGUCACUUUAAUUUUCAAAUCUCUUUGAGAUCAUUAUAUUAUUUUAUUUUAUUAUCAAAUGUAGCUUCUCUUUUUUUUUUUUUUUUUUUUUAUAAAGGUGUGUAUGGGCUAUUUGAGGAGCUAUUAUUCCAACAAAAAAAGAAAAAGAAAAUCUGCCAUCACCUUGCUUUCCCA